UGGAAGAGUCGGUUAACAAGAAGCGUGCGUGCGAGUGGAUUUACGAGGUCUUCGGAGUAUAAUACAUGUGUAUAACUGUUGUGUGUGAAAUAAAGUGAAUUAUUUGAAUUUCCGAAUCCCUCCUAUAUCUUUACAAUAUAUUAUUGCAUCAAUUGAAGCAAGAUGAAGUUUGCAGAACAUCUGUCUGCUCACAUUACGCCUGAAUGGCGUAAGCAAUACAUAAGCUAUGAGGAAAUGAAGGCAAUGCUCUAUACUGCUGUAGAAAAAGCACCGUCAGCUGAAAGUGUUGUUCUUGAUAUUUCGAUCGCACCGAUAGAAAGUUCUGAUCAAACGCAAAUUUUGCGUAUGAUGGGUGAAGAAGAAAAUGGUGUACUCAAUAGAGGUAAACGUAAAGUUGGUGGUAAACGACAAGCUACUAGUAAAGAAGACAAACGGGCAUUGCUGAAAGAAGAAACAGUUGAUAUAGAUAUAUCAAAUGCCAGUUAAAAAUAGUUCAAUUGUUUUAUUAUCAGAACCUACGCAAAGCAAUAUUAUUCCAAAUUUAAUGUAAUUUUUAUAUAGGCAAUAGUUUGCCAGAAAGAGUGCAGGUCGUACUUUAUGAACAAUUAAUAUUUCCUUUGUGCAUCAAAAUUGAAGAUUGUGAGGCUGAACUGAACAAGUGCCUUGUAUAUAUCCUGUUUAUUAAACUAUGAAUUUAAUAACUUA